UGACGUUUCGAAAGAUAUAUCACAAAAGCUUUUCAGCCUUGAGGCAACCUUGCAAACUACUAGCUAGUACCGUAUCGGAAGCCAAAGGGUCACCUUCAGCAUGGACAAAGAAUCUUUGUUGGGUGUUGUUGUUGUCGUCUAAAGCUUCCCCAGAUAUUACCGGUGGUAUCUAGCAAGCUACUAGCGCAGUAGGAGAAGACAGCACCAUGGGUUUCUUUGAUACGUUGACAGAGACCAUUACAGGUCGCAAUGCCAACGGGCGCACCCCAGAGGAAGAAGCUCAUUUCCACCGUGCCAAAUGGCUCGAGUACGACUUUUACAACUUUGCCCAAGUCUGGAUCAUUCCAGGAGAGCACGUCCACUCGAGUGAAAUCGUAGAACGAUUCCAAGUGGGCGUCCACAAGAAAUACGGUGGUGAAGAGUACGCGUCGGACAUUGAGACACUCCAGUUGCUGGCACGAUGGAAUGAACGCUACGGCAAUGGCAAAUGGUCCCCCAAGGGAACUUACAUUGGAUUCCAGCUCAACCCUGCCGCUGUCAAGGCCGCCGAAGACUACGGCAAGGAACUCGAAGAAGCCAAGGCAGCCGCCCGUGAUGCCAAGCGCAACAAGAGUUCCAAGAAAAAGAAGAAGAAAUCCGAAAUGGAACCCAAACCACUCACGGCAACCUUUCGCAAUACCGGUACCAAUAUUCAGUUGCAGCAGGCCCAGCUCUACUACGAAACCACCUUGUGGGGGAACAUUGGACAUGGUGAUCCACCCAUUUCAGUUGGAUCCUUUACUGGACACAGGUGGUUCGUCAAGGUGGGCGAUACAGUCAUGAAGGAAAUGGAGAUUGGAACCGAUGAUGUCCAAGAAUUCACGUUUUAGACUGAAUGACUAGAUGGAUACGCGAAGAUGGAGUUCCAUUUAUUAGUUUAGCAGUGUGCUGGUAGGAGGUUUGUGUUGAAGCAACGAGAUUCUGCACUAUUCUAUCUACUACUAGCUAGCCUAAUGAUUUAUAUAAGUUAUCAUGCCAUGUUG